ACACUAAUGCCUUCAGCCCUUCUAUCAACUAUCAUCUUAAACUUUUCCCCAACUUCUUUGCUGUUUUAAUCCCUUAGACAGAGAAUUUUUAAUUAUUACACCUUGUUUGCCUACACAUAUUGUGUGCUGAUCAUAGUUUCAGAAUACCUAAUAAAAGAUUUACUUCAUUCAUUGUUGUUGGCCUUAAAAUUAGAUCUCAAUUAUCCUUCUCUUAACUGGAUAGAAGGAAAAAAGCUCCUUCUGCAAACCUGGGAUAUUUAUAACUACACUGUAAUUUAAAUCUAAAAAACUAAAUUUCUUGUGAGGAGUGCAAUGUCUACGUAAACUUGUAUCAGUACAGUAUAUUAAUGCUAGAAUGUGGUCCCUAGCAUAUAAUGCUCUGUACCAUACAGUCCAUUGUUAGAUGUAGUAAUAAUGUGUAACUUUAUGUCAUGUGUUUAUGUGAAUGAAUCUGUGUGAAAGAAUACAUGAGAUCAAUUCACUGAAGGCCAAAAAAGCACAAAAGUUUGUUCAAGAAAUAUCAGCUUAACAUGUGGAGAAUGACAACUUUAAAAAGACACAACAUAUGGGAGAAGGUGACCGUAAAGCUUUCUAUGAGAAUUCCCAAUGGAACAUCAAGAAGAACAAGGAGUCCAUUUUGCGGUUGAGGCAGGAGAAUAAGAAAUUGCAUCAGAGGUUGGCAGACCUCCUAGCGGGAGAGGAAAAAGUAAUUAAGGCUGCAUUCCAAGAACAUCCAACUGAACAAGGAGCUGUGAAAAAUAAAACUGGGGAGGGUGCUAUUCAGAUAAUCAAUCAUCGACUAUGCGAGAAAAUCAAUCAAUUAAACAAUUUGAAGCAUCAAGUGGAGAUGAGGAAGCUUAGGCUGGAGGAGCUGCAGACUCAAUACAGUACUAAGGCACAAGAAAUCAAUGAUAUGCAAGAAAUGGAAGAAGGGAAUAUCGAGGCAGCCAAGACUCUGCGAACACUGGAGAACCGUCUGGAAAAGGCCCGAUUCAAGACUGAGGAGGCUGUACGCAUCACCAACAUGUAUAAGAAGCUAAAAGCACAUAUGCAGGAGGAAAGCUUGCACUUUCAGAACAAGUUGGAUGCCCUGGAAGCGGAAAUUUUACGACUGCGCCAUGAGCUCCAAGAACUGGAAAGCGUGAACACUGAUGCACAACAUGCUCGCAACGUUGCUAGGGAGCAGCUUUUGACUCAAGAAGAAACCAUCUACCGAGAAAGAAAGAUUCGAGAUAAGAAACUUAAAGACAUAAAGAAAAUGACAGAAGAAAAGAGAGCACAGAAUGAGCGUGCAGAAAGACGGCACUCCCAGAAGGAUCGUAUCCCAUUUGGAACUGAAGAUCUGCUUAGAGAACCUCAAUUUAAGAAAUCAAACAUCUUGAAAACCAAACAGGCUGUGCUCACCGCAUCUGAAAACUUUGACAAAGUCCGAGCAGCCACUGGGGUCACUGAGGCUAAUGAUGUUGUGGCCUGCUUUCUGGCCCAAGAAGAAACAUUCAGACAGCUGGAGGAAAUGAAGAAUGAGAAUGAAGUGUCCUUGGAACAGCUUAAAGAAGAAAAGGAUGCGCUAUUACGUGAAUUAGAGCAUACUAAGUACUCAGGAGAGGCGCGGAAAGUAGGAGCUCAGAAUCUGAUGAAGGAGUUAUGUGAUCACCUACAAAAGGAAGAAAAGAGGCGUGAUGCAACCCAAGCUGAACUGAACAAGGUGAACCGGGUUCUGUUGAAUGCCAAGGCUGGCAUUGAACAUUUGGCUUCCAAAGUUCAGCAUAUCAAACUGGAAGAUAGCCGCUUUGCUUCCAUGGAGUUGGAUGAGAAAGCGAGUGAAUAUGUUCUUGAUCUCAUGGCCCAAACAGAAGAGAAAUUGCUAUAUUUGGUGGAAUUCUUGAAGGAUCGAGACAAGGCAGAGCUUCUUAGGAGAAUUGAAGAAGUGGAGUUUCAUUCUAAACUUGAGAGGAGAUUGCCUGCCUUCAAUACCAGAGUGAAACUUCCUAUUGCACAGAAGCAGGAUAUGUAUUAUGAUGAGGAGGACAGUGGAGAGGAGGAUGCUGAUGUGGUGACAAGGGCAGCUCUGAAGCGUCAAUCUCAGCAAAUCAUUGAGGCCAAGACCAAACGUCGCACUCGCUACAGAAAGAAGGAUGGGAAGCUGUGAUUGCAUUUUGCAUAGCCCUAUCUUCCUUAGAUCCUGCUGUGUUUCAGCCUCCUUGGCUAUUAAAAGUGCUUCCUAGUUACUGGUCUUCUGCAUGAGCCAGUCCCACAUUUUAUGUCCAUCAGUUUUGCAGAACUCAGGAAAACAAUAACCCAGCUGUGGAUCUGUUCCACCACCCUGUGCAGAGUACACAGGAACUUAAUGAGCUGAAGCCAGUACUUAGCUCCUGUUUCCCUGCCUUUUAUCUCUCAGCUAUAUGAGAAGAGUGGGUUCAUCUAUGGAGAUGUGACCUUGAGGCUUCUGAAGGAGAAAAGGAAAAUUUAUCUAGUUCCCCAUCCAAAUAAUCCAGAUUAUUUCUCAGAAUUUAUAAAAUCUGUACACAACUGUACCUAUUGAGCCUAAAUUUGACUGGUUUUGCCACUCACCCAUCCCAACAUUUUAUCACAAGGGUGGUGUCACCUGCUCUGUGACUUUCUGUGUAGAUUAGAUCACUCUUUGUUUGCUGUGUAUGAUACAAUAAACCCUGUUCAGGCUGAAAUUGCCCGUAUGUUGUCUGCCUCUGCCAAGAUAUAAAAAAAUUGUAUUCAGAGAUGUUGUCAGUGCCCCAAUAUGGCUCUGAAACCAAACUCAAUAAAUAUGGGUAAUUACUUAGGAAUAUUGUCCCAAGAAAAUGGGAAGAAAAUGUUUUGAUCUUUUAGAACAUAUGUUUGAUGUUUCUUUAACUCUGUGCAGUUUCC